GUGCUGUGUAACAGCGAAGAAAAGUUGGUGGGGUUCAAAAGUCUCAAGUAUAAACUUCGCCCAAUUUUAUUCUGACUUUUAACAAUCUAUCCCGUCAGCAGUCCUGUCUCGACUACCUACAAGAUGGCUGCUAAAGCUCCCUCAGACGAGCUGAACAAGCUCAGCAUUAGUCAGGGUGGUGGCGCCAAUGGUAAGGCUGCAAAGGCAGCUAACGGUGCCAAGGACGGCGAACUGGCAGAACAUUCUGGAGAAGAUUCUGACGACGAUGCUGAUGACCAAAAUGUCGAGGCUGCUCCCGGAGCAGCAAAGAAAAAGAAGAACAAGAAGAGGAAGCCGAAGAAGAAGAAGAAGGCCCCCACUGCCCAGACAGACCCGCCGAGCGUGCUGAUGUCCCAGCUGUUCCCCAACAAUACCUACCCCAAGGGUGAAGAAGUCGAGUAUAAGAACGAAAACAGCUAUCGCACUACAAACGAAGAGAAACGACAUUUGGACAAUUUGAACACUGAGUUCUUGACAGACUACCGUCACGCUGCCGAAACCCAUCGUCAAGUCCGCCAGUGGGCACAGAAGAACAUUAAGCCCGGCCAGAGUUUGACCGAGAUCGCCGAAGGCAUCGAAGAUAGUAUUAGACGGCUGGUUGGUCACGAUGGGUUGGCAGAAGGUGACGCCAAGAUUGCUGGAGUAGGGUUUCCCACAGGCUUGAACUUGGAUCACAUUGCUGCCCAUUUCACGCCCAAUGCUGGCAACAAGACAAUUCUGCAACAGAGCAAUGUUAUGAAGGUGGAUAUUGGUGUUCAUGUCAACGGCAAAAUCGUGGAUAGCGCCUUUACCAUGGCAUUUGACCCCAUGUACGAUAACCUGUUGGCAGCUGUGAAGGAUGCCACGAACACAGGAGUUAAGGAGGCUGGUAUCGAUGUUCGUCUAGGCGAACUUGGUGGAUUGAUCCAAGAGGCUAUGGAGAGCUACGAAUGCGAAAUCAAUGGCACUACAUACCCUAUCAAGUCGAUCCGCAAUCUCACUGGUCACACCAUUUUGCCAUACAGCAUUCACGGGACCAAGAGUGUCCCUAUUGUCAAGUCAGCAGACACCACGAAGAUGGAAGAAGGCGAUGUUUUCGCCAUCGAGACUUUCGGAAGUACCGGAAACGGUUACGUUCACGAUGAAGGAGAAGUCUCGCACUAUGCUUUGCGCAGUGAUGCUCCGAAAGUGGAUCUACGCUUGUCUUCUGCUAAGUCGCUUCUGAACGUUAUCAAGAAGAACUUUGGUACUCUCCCGUUUGCGCGCAGAUACAUUGACAGACUUGGCCAGGAGAAAUACCUACUAGGUUUAAACAAUCUUGUGCAGAAUGGCAUCGUUGAGGACUACCCACCUCUACUAGACAAGAAGGGGUCAUACACGGCCCAAUUCGAACACACCAUCCUGCUCCGACCUACCGUGAAGGAGGUCAUCAGCCGUGGUGAAGAUUAUUAAGUGGAUAAUGGAAGUGACCCGCAGAUGGCUGGGGUUAUUUACCAUUGUUUGCAACUGGUUGGAUUUCUUUCCUCCCUAACUCUAAAUCUAAGGUUCAGCUCUCGGAAUCCACGAUCUCCCAAGGAUAAUAUACAACUAGUAGAAAUAGGGGUUUGCAUCAAAGGCUGGUAUGGCCGAAUGGAGGCUUUAGCAUUGACCAAGUUAUGUAUUUUAGGUCAAAGUCUAACCCCCUAUCCUAUUAAGUUGUUGAGAUUACUCAUCUAAAUAGUUAUGAAAAUGAAUAAAACACACAUCGCUUUCACAACUUGUCUUGCGGAUGCAGUAGGCAUCUGCAUGCAUCUUCCCAUUAUUAUCGAGUCGUUACUUUAUUUGGGCAUUUGCAGCUUGUGAUGUAAGAAAGCGGAUCUGAUUUAGGUUAUUCAGAAGAGCUUAAGUGGUAACAAUGAUUAUUCAAGACUGGUUGAUGUAAGAGGCUCAGGUAGAUCAUCCAGAUCAUUUAAUGACUGGCGUUGCGUUCCGGUGUUGUGAAUAGUGACUUAGACAAAUGAGAGAGUAGCGAUUUCAU